UCAGCCAUCAUAUCUGUAGAAUCAUAAUCUAGGUGGUUUUGGUUUUUACAGGAGAGAAUUCAAGAUUAUAAAUUAGAGGUUAUGUUUUGCUUAAGCAUGCUUGUAGAACAUCCACGUUUUGGUGUCUAUUUCUUUAUAAUUUCAAAUGUUUUUAUAUCAUCUAUCAUGAAUGUGCCAUCAUAAAUUAAAUAUUAGGGAUUAUUAUGAAAGAUUAUUUAUCUAACUCAGAGAAUAUCGCGGGAAUGUCUACAAAUAUGGAUAAUAACUUGAGUGAUAAUAGUUUUAGUCUUCCUCAAUAUUCUAUUCAAGGAGAGGAAGUUGUCAAACAGAAUAAUUAUGUUCUGAACAUUACUGGAUUUGCAAGCAACUCAGACACGAAAAUCGCAUGUUCAACAUCGGAUAAUACGAUAUCAAUUUACAACUUGAAUGAAUCUUGGAAUAAGUUAUCAGACACAAAAGUAGAGGAAGACAGAAUCACAAGUCUAAGGUUCAUUCCACAGAGGAAUAACCAAUUGUGUUAUAGUUCUACGAAUGGUUCCAUCCAGCAGUUGGAUCUUCGGGUUGGAUGUAAUCAAGUUAAAAAAUUCAAAGAUACCAGCAAUAAAGGCAAUGAAGAUAAACCGAUCUUGAGCUUCGACAUCUCAUGUGAUGGUCGAUUCAUCUGCGCCGGUACAGAGGUUGCGGGAGGCGACGCUUUCCUUCUUUUCUGGGAUGUGCGGUCGACAAAAUUACUAGGCGGAUACUGGGAGUCACACACUGAAGACAUCACUCAGGUCGUAUUCCACCCGUCAAAACCGCACCACUUACUAACGGGAGCCAUGGACGGUCUGAUGAACGUGUUGGAUGUGAGUCAGCCUUGCGAGGACGAUGCCCUCCUCACCAGUCUCAACACGGAGUCAUCUGUCGAGAGACUGUCCUGGAUUGAGGAGGCCUCUGGCGACGAGAUUAUCAGCUGUCUCACUCACCCCAACGAUUUGCAAAUGUGGAGAGAGAGUGACAGUAAACCCUUCGCUCAGUUCUCCAGGGAGCAGAUCGCCUCGGCUGUCAACCUGAAAUGUGCAGAUAGCUUGUACACAGUGGAUGUACACAAGCACCAACCCACAAAUAAUCUGAUGUUACUGACUGGAUCCUAUACUGGUGAUAGUGAUUGGUUUCGAUCAGCCGUUGUCAGAGAAGAUAGUCUUGGAUCUGUGUCUCAAUUUAUUGGGAAUAGUCAAAUUGUGCGGGCAUCCUGGUAUGAUAGUAAAAAUGACUUAUUGGUGACCGGAGGAGAGAAAGGUAUCGUCACAGCCUGGAAGCCACAAGAUAAUCUUCCAAAAUCUAAUAGUAUCUCAACCAAUGUUGUCAAUAAAAAGGAUAGCAAACUAAAAGGCACCAGAAUGAAGCCCUACUGAAUCCAAUCAAUGAUGGCUCAUAAAAUCUACCGGAAAUAAUAAUUCUUAAUAUACAGGUAAAUACAGGCUACAUAUAAUUUUAUGAU